CGGCAUUCUAGUUGGAGGCUGUAAAAUACUGCACCAGUAUCAGUUGCGGGCUUCUAGUCGUGCAAAGUGGUACACAGUCCCGGGCACCAAUGGGGAGCUUCCGGGCGGUUAUAUUGAGUUUAACUCUGUUGAGUCAGUUCUAUGGUGGCUUCGGGCAGUACGCAUCGUCGUCCUGGGGCAACACACAGACGACAGCAGCAAGAAACAAUUACCCCGGUAACACGUACUAUGGAUGGAACGGCAACAGUGUGGCACCCGGAAGGGUGGACACCAACAGAUACUCGCGCAUUUCGUGUAGGGAAAAUGCGAUCAAUUACGAUUGCCUUUUCAAAGAUGUGCACAUCGAGGAAAACGAAGCGGUAUCGACAGACCGCUUCAGCGAUUAUGGACUACCGCACGCCAGUGCCGUAAAGUCGCUGGCGUUUACGAGCUCCACUGUUAGGCGUUUGCCCGCAGCACUGCUGGACACGUUUCCGAACACCGCAUUGCUUAACCUGCAGGAUCUGCAACUAAGAACGAUCGAUCGCGAUGCCUUCGCCUAUGGGGAGCAGCUACAGCAGCUGUACCUAAGUUCGAAUGGAUUGACGGAGCUUGAACAGGGCGUAUUCGACAGUCUGCGUGCAAUGAAUGUGAUAAUGCUAAAUAGAAACCAUCUUUCGCGUCUUCCGGAGGGCUUGUUUUACCGCAACGAGAUGCUGCUUAGUGUGUCAAUAACACAUAACGGUCUUACGCGCAUCGAAGAUAGUACCUUCGCGUACAAUCGUUAUUUGGAGAGUGUCAAUGUUUCUAGCAACAGUAUCGAACACUUUGACCUGAGUCGGCUUACUGCGGCACACGAGAUCGAUGUCAGCCAUAACCGCCUUACACAGCUGAAGAUUCCGGCACGGUUGGGAAGACUAUUCGCCUCCCAUAAUCAUAUCGAUCGCAUAGUAACGAUUGGACAAAACAGGGAAUUGAAGGUGAUCCAUCUUUCGAAUAAUAAGCUAACGACCGUUUCCUGGGCCUCGAUGUACCCGGAACUGGAAGAGCUCGAUCUGGGGCACAACGAAAUCGAAGACGUGCAGCAUGUGCAUUUCCCCGCGCAAAUAAAGCUGAAGAAGCUGUUGCUGAACAACAAUCGUUUGUUCACCUUCGACCUCUCCAAGGCGUCCGUCAGACAACUGCAGGUGUUGGAUCUGUCGUACAAUCAGUUAACGUAUGUGGACAGCAACAGUAAGAUCUUCGACAGGGCACAGCAACUAUACCUGCACAAUAACGCGAUCGUAACGCUAAAAUUAACAGCCAACAACGUCCUACAGAACAUCAGCCUUUCGGAUAAUGAUUGGGAUUGUGCGAAUUUGCGCACACAGCUCACGGUGAUGCAGCCAAACACUGUUCUUCUCGACUAUGAUGUACCGCCCUGCAAAGCAAAUUACACUAUGGAGAGUAGAUUAUGCUGCAAAGAAGCCGCUAUGCCAUACCACGACCGGUUGUUGGAGCAGAUUCACCUUAACAGUGAGUUUGAGCGGGCAAACAGAAUCCAGUGUGAAAAUAAUGAUGCGAUCGUCGAUAUUGCCGAGCUGAAUAAAGCUCUGUCAUCGGUUUCGUCCGCGUCACCCGAAACGCUCCGGAGCGAAGUAAGUGAGCUGCAAUCCAUUGUUGCCUCACUAUCAGCUGAGAAAACCAGUGAAGAACAGGGGCUGUACAGUGUAAAGCAAAUGCUCAUCAAUAAGCUGCCCCGGUACGGCGGUAUACAUGAAGGUUUCGAUACACCGCGAAUGCUGCUGGAUAAAUUGAUACCCCGCCUAGAGGAUCGCAAACGGCUCCGUGAGAGCAAAACUAUUGAGGAGCGGCAAGAAGCUGCGGUGAAAAAAGCGGAGCAUGAUGAGCUGAAAACGUUCAUUGACUCGUUGGAGGCCACUUUAAAACAACGUAAAGCAGUCAACAUCAAAAUGAAACAGGAUACGGUUAAAAUCAACGACGAUAUUAAAAAACUCAAAUCCAAACUGAACGCCAAUGCACGUUCCAGCCACAUAUACGCCUAAAAGGGGAACGUACAUACCUGCGGAAUCGAAUUGCAUCUUGCAAACGUGCUCUACUCGGAUUCCAGAUAACCGGUAAGCCUGAUGUGCGGAUGUUGAAACAUGAAAAUAAAUGGAAGGUUUUAAGUAGAUCA